AAAAGUCCUGCAAGAACUUUUAUUCUUUUUAUAUUUAAAAAAAAUAAUAAUUUAUAUCUUUAUAUAGAUGACAGGGGCCUUAAUAAGAUUUUUAUUAAAAAUUAUUAUUUUUUAUUUUUUAUUUUAAAGAUUCUUGAUAAAGUCUCAGACAGUAAAUAUUUCUUAAAAAUUAAUAUUAAAGAUACUUAUUACUGA